AUGUCUGCAGAAUCCGCCCCCAUCACUCCUUCUAUGUUCGCCGAAGCGAUCCAGGAGUUGUCCCUCUCUGUCCUGUAUGCCAAAGUCUCGGAACUCCGAAAUUCCGUCGCCCAUCUGCAACGCUCAAACGACGAGCUGAAAACGUUUGUGCUGGAGUCAUGUGAUUCGGCAGACGAGAAGCGAGAACUUGAAAGCUACAUUGCCGAGAAUGAGGGCGUGAUGACAUCUAUGACCGAGAGGAUUGCCUUGCUGAAGGCGGAAGUGGAACGUCGGGGCCAGCAGUGGAUCGAAACGGAGGAAAAGCGAACAGAAGCCCCGGUGGUAAAUGGUGCAAAUGGAGCAAGCGCGGCCACGACGCAACCAGAUCCAUCCCCGGUGGGAGAUGGGCAAAGCGAGUCGCAGGCUGGUCAGGAUCAAGAGGGCGUGUACCUUUAA